AUAAUCAAGCUUCUGUGUUUUCAGGGAUAUUCAUUUUUUAAAUGUCACAGAGCGCAAAAGGUACUGUGCAACAUGAAUUCUUUUACUUUUUGCAACUUCCUUGGGCUUAAAAGAAUUCAUAUCUUCCAUCGGCAAUCUCUCCCACUGGCCAAACUGCAAUUUCUCAAGCAAACGUCACAUGUAAUAAACUGGCUGCACGUGAGCCGGGAGCGCUCAGAGAAGAAUAAUUCAAUACGCAUGAGCACGCGCUCCGACUGCGCGCUCUCAAUUCACGUUAUACUUUCGAACGCGUUGUAUUACAGUGCCUAAUUUGAAAUCAUACAAAUAUUAACUCCGUAGAUGUGGACGACAGGAUUCAGUUGGUUAAAAGGUAAUGAUGCGACGAUAAUCAAAUCAGUCAAAGAUCUCUUCAGCACACUGGACAGCACUCAUCGACAACAACCGACACUUAACAGCGGUCAUUUUUACCAAAGCAGAAUGGAAAGCAGCAAAGAUGAGCCACCGAGGACCCAAAGGGAGAGCAAGGACAAAAACUCGCAACAAAUCAGCUGCUAUUGACUUUGGACAGAGUCAUGAACUUAUUGGAUAUAUUUCUAGAACUACUCAUCGUUGUAAUUGCAGUGGUGUCACUCGUGGCGAACUCGCUGGUGUUACUAUGCUUCACCUGCAGCGCACAAGUUCGUGCACAGGUGCCAGCGAUCUUCAUCACGAACCUCUCAUUCUGCAACAUCCUCAUCGCUGUUCUCAACAUGCCUUCUACCCUGCUUGGGGUCGUCAAACAACAGAAGCCUUUCGGCGACCACUUUUGUUAUACAGUGUGCUUUAUGGAUACUUUUCUGACUACCAACACGAUGUUGAGCAUGGCAGUUCUCAGCAUAGACCGCUGGAUAGCCGUGGUUUUUCCUUUGACUUAUCCCAGCAAAAUGAGACUCAAGAAUGCCGCGCUAAUGGUCAGCUAUGCCUGGCUUCACUCGCUCGCGUUCUCGCUCACUCCUCUCCUGCUGUCCUGGGUCGAUUACAGUCCCGCGUACGCGUCUUGCACCGUGCACCUGAGAGAAGAUGCUGAGAGCCGCGGUCACUUCAUGGUGUUCACCGCGGUCUUCCACGCGUGUACCUUCGCCCUCUCGCUUUUCAUCCUAUGCUUUGCCUACCUGAAAGUCCUACAAGUGGCGCGCUUCCAUUGUAAGAGGAUAGAUGUCAUAACGGUGCAGACACUUUUACUACUUGUCGACAUUCAUCCGAGUGUAAAACAACGGUGCUUACUGGAACAGAAGAAAAGGAGACAGAGGGCCACUAAGAAAAUCUGCAUUUUCAUCGGGUCGUUCGUCCUGUGCUUCGCCCCCUAUGUCAUAACACGACUGACUGAACUGGCUCCUUCAGUAAAAAUCAACCGUUAUUGGGGGAUCAUGAGCAAGUGCUUGGUGUACAGCAAAGCUGCGUCUGACCCUUUCGUCUACUCCCUCUUACGGCAACAAUAUAAGAAGGCCCUUUUUGGAAUUUGCAACAGGAUUUUGGGACGGAACUUAUACACACUUUCUGGUGACAGCAGUCCCUCAGGCAUGGAAAAUGAAUGCUAUUCACAAAGGGUUAACAAGCUGAUGGAGGAUAAUUGUCACUAGAGCAGGUAAAAAAGGCUGACAACUGACACUCUCAUAAAUAUGUGCUCAGCAUUGGACUGGUUAGUCAGUGGCUAAAUGCCACACCAAACUGCCUGUAAUUUCUGAAAUAAUGGCGCACACUGUAUCAUUUCUGUCUGUUAAAACCAUGGUAGGUGAAAACGUUUGCCAAUCACUGGAUUUUCUUUUAUUGAAUUCAGACCAUGAAGUUUUGCACACUCAACUGUUAUAAAUGUAUGACUCUUUAUUCACAACAUAGUACUGUAAUGUGUAUUAUAAUGUACAUUCUGAAAUA